AUGUCCUUUGGCGGUUUUCUUUUAUAUAUAGAGAGUGAGAGUUUGGUUUUAUAUCCGUUAGCAUUGGAGGAGGGACAUUGGAGGAGGGACUUAGAAAAACUGAAGGAGGCUCUCCAAAUCUUGAAUUCUCCUUCCCCUUCUUCCCCAACUGGAUUCCUUAGGUUUCAGGUGGCGCUCCCUCCCAGUCCUAAGACAUUCACUUUGUUUUGCUCCCAACCCCACUCCUCCUCGGUCUUUCCUCUCAUUUAUGUUUCCAAGAACGACGCCGACUCUAAAUCACUCUAUGUCAAUUUGGAUCAUAAUGUGAGUCACCAGAAAGAAAGGUUCUUUUUGGUUUUUCAUACCUCAGCUGUAGAUCUUCAGUACAAGGAUUUAAGGCAUUUUCAGUGGCAUUGGGAAAAGGGGGAGCCUGUAAUUGUCAGCAAUGUGCUUGAAUGUACAUCUGGUUUAAGCUGGGAAUCGCUUGUCAUGUGGCGUGCAUUACGUCAUGUAACUAAUACCAAGCAUGGCCAACAUUUGGCGGAGAAAACAAUUGAUUGCUUAGAUUGGACUGAGGGGGAAAUUAAUAGCCACCAACUUUUUACUGGCUAUACAAAUGGUCGUAGGGAUUGGCUUGCUUGGCCACAGAUAUUGAAAUUAAAAGAUUGGCCUCCUUCUAAUUUAUUUGAGGAACAAUUGCCUCGUCAUUGUGCUGAGUUCAUAUCUUCCUUACCCUUCAAGGAAUAUACUGAUCCUCACAAAGGUUCUCUUAACCUUGCUGUGAAGUUGCCUAAUGGUUCUCUAAAGCCAGACCUGGGGCCAAAAACAUAUAUUGCUUAUGGAUUUCCUCAGGAGCUUGGACGAGGUGAUUCAGUGACUAAGCUCCAUUGUGAUAUGUCUGAUGCAAAGUGAAACUGGAUUCUGAUCAACUUACUGUCAUUGAGAAGUUGAAGCAAAAGCAUCUCGAGCAAGAGAAAAGGGAGCUACUUGGUGAUGAUCAGGAUGGAGAAACUAAUGUUGACAUGCUUAAUAUAAUUCAUCUUCUACAAUAAAUGCUUUGGACAGGCAAAGUAGUGUUGAAGUCAUGGAACAAGAAGGUGGAUUAUGUGAUGGGAAAGAAGUUGAUCAGUUUCAUCAACCGUCUGGUAGUAAUGAGGUUGCCAUUGCUAAUGAGGAUGGCAUUUCAUAUGGAUCAGAGCUCAUAGAGGUUGACAAAGUAUAAAUAAAUCAAGGUGAUUUGUUGUUUGGGGGGGGGGGGUGCUUCAGAUGGUGCUCUCUGGGAUAUUUUUUGGAGACAGGAUGUCCCUAAGUUGCAGGAAUAUCUGAAGAAGCAUUUCAGAGUGUUUAGGAUGAUUGACUUUUGGAUGUAUAGGUCUUUACGCCUUUAUCUUAUUCUGCAAUGACUCUGUGAGAGAGGAAGAAUAAAAGGGAAUGGAAGUUUGGAAAAUUUUAGACUAGAAGAAAGCCAACUUAGAGUUGAGCUUUUUAAGAACAAAUUCUAUCUCAAAAUCAAUUAUAAGAAUAAUAAGAUUUUUAAAAUUUAAAUAACCAAAUGGUCUAGAUCUAAAAAUAAGCUCUAUUUCACCUAGAUAUCUAGCUUUGAUGGUUGCCGAACACCUUAGAUUUUGGGAAAUUUAAUUCAUGUACCAUAGAAAAAAGAAGAAAAUUAUUCAUUUGCCAGGUUAUUUCUAGUUGUUAUGUUUAUCUGUUGUAUUUGUCUGAAGUUUGUCCUUGUUAUGUUUGUCUCUUGUAUUAUCAGUUGGAUCAUGCCAAUGAAUUAUCCAACUCCCUGAAAGAAAGUGCCAAUAUUAACACUGUUUGGGCAUCGCUUAUUGUUGAAGAAUGCACAAGACUUGGUUUGAUGGUGAGAUGAUCUGAUAAAUAUUACAUAUGCACCAAUAUUAAUGCAUGAUUCUGAUUUAUUCUUUUGUUUAGUAUUUGUGUAUUGCUCCUGGAUCUAGACCUUCCCCUGUUGCUGUUGCUGCUGCAAGUCACAAAUUAAUCACAUGUAUUUCAUGCUUCGAUGAGCAUUCACUUGCAUAUGAUGCUGUUGCAUAUGGAAGAGGAUCUCACAUUCCAGCAGUAGCCAUUACAUCAUCAGGCACUGCAAUUUCCAACCUUCUUCCUGCUUUAUGUUUCAUUAUUUUCAUGAAUUUAUUUUAGGGUAAAAUACAUUUUUGGUCCCCCUAUAAUGCUCAAUCUGCAAUUUUGGUCUCCUACAUACUUUUAUUUUUCACUCAAUGUUUGACCAUGGAUAAUCAAUUAACGGUCAACUAACAGAAGAACCAAAAUCGCUGAUUUUGAAAAAUAGGGGGACCAAAAUUGCGGAUUGAGCAUUAUAGGGGACCAAUAGUGUAUUUUAGCCUUAAUUUUAUUUUGAAUGUGUGAUGAUUUAUUAAUUUCUUUCCUGUGACUUGGUUUGUUGUCAUUCUGAAUGCUGUUGCUAAUACAUGCAUUGUUGGAGUUCAAUUGGUUGCUUUGCUGGCUCUUUUUUUGCACUUAGUUUUUAUUUUUAUUUCCAUCAACUUGAUUUGUAGUUUUCUCUUUGAGUUUAAUUCCCCUCAAGGUUUGAAUUGUAUUUGCUUUUAGAGUUUAAUUCAAAUUCACUAACUAUGAUAAAAAUCUGAUCAUAAAUUAUCAAUUAUGAUAAGAGUAUUGAUUUUUAUAAUAAUUAUUUAAAAAUCGUA